GUACGUGCACCUAUACCUAUAUCUAUCACGCGGGUCCAGCGUCCACCGCCGGCUAUCGGUGACCUCCCGCCGGCCGAUAACCAGUGAAUCAGUGGCCGCGCGCGGAACACAACCCCUACGAAAAACUACACGAAAAACCAAACAAAUCCAUAUUUAAUUCAGCAAACUCCCCGCUCACGCUCAGUCGUCGCUACGCCGGCGGUGCGCACGCAUGCGGCUGGACCUGCUGCCGUUCUUCAACUGUCUCAGCCGCCGCAAGCUGCCGAGAUGUGGCCGCAGGUGCUUGUCCUCGCGGUGCUAGUCAGUUCUAUAGUUAGUCUGGAGGAAGCGGAGGAGGUGGCGGCGUUUGGCGCGUGCGCCAACUGUGCGAUGGAGGAGCUGAGUGUGGAGGAGCGGACCGAGGCGCGGCUGGAGUUCGUGAAGCAGCAGAUCCUGAAGAAGCUGCGGCUGAGCAAGAAGCCGCGGGUGGCGGCGGCGCGGCUGCCCAGCCCCGUGGUGCAGGGGCAGACGCUCAGCCCGCGCGCCGACCGACCCGCCGAGUUCGAUAACUACUACGGCAGGACGGAACAGAAGAUCAUAUUUCCUGUUGAAGGCGAGUGCCUGACGUCGGGGCGCUACCCGUUCACGUGUCUGCAGUUCGAGCUGCCCCCGGACGUGGAGCCCGAGGAGGUGGCCGUGGUCGAGCUGUGGUUCUAUAAGGAACCCGACCCGCUAGACGAGUACAACCAGACCUUCGUGAUCUCCGAAGCGGCGCACUGGGACAGCCAGCAGCAGUUCAAGAAGACCAAGCCCAUCGCCAUCAAGGAGACGGCGACCAGCGCUGGCUGGGUGCGCGUGGAGCUGGCCUGGGCAGUGCGGGUGUGGCUCGAGGAGUCGGAGCGGCUGCAUACCCUGCAUGUGGCUUGUAGGACUUGUCAGCUACGCCGCUCGCCGCUCUCAUUCCACGAAAAACACCGUCCAUUCCUAGUCCUCUACACCAAGUACGCGGGCAAGCGGCGCCACGGCCGAGCCCUGGAGUGCGGGGCUACCACUCGGGAGUGCUGCCGGGAGCCCCUCUAUGUCAGCUUCAAGGACUUGGGCUGGGACGACUGGAUCAUUCGCCCGGCUGGCUAUCAUGCCUACUUUUGUAAGGGCAGUUGCGCGCCCAUUUCUGCGGUGACUCAAGCGGAUAGCUAUCAUCAUAAUAUUAUUAGGAAAUACUCGUACUCCCUGAAGGGUCCCCGCAAGAUAGAGUUCACGCCGUGUUGCGCGCCCACCACCUUCAGCUCGCUCCAGUUGCUGUACAUGGACUCCAACAAGACCGUGACGUCGAAGACGCUACCCAACAUGGUGGUGGAGUCUUGCGGGUGUAUGUAAAGAGAAUGUUUUGGCGACUUUUGGAUUUGGUCGUGUAACCUUCGAACUGGGUUAAAACGUUCGUAUACUUAUUGGGCAUUCUAAAACGUUGGAUCCUUCUUUAAAGGUGAAUUUAUAAUAUGUGAAGGGCUGAAGAAGAGUGCAUAUUGGGUUGUUUUGAAGUGAAAUAUGUAAAUGCAAAACAACUAGCGCCAGCGGCCAUGUUGCGGGAAAACAGAGAACUAAGUUAGGCACUACUUAAGCAUUUUGUGAUAUCGUCAUGUUUUAGAGGUAGUAAAGGUGCAAAUUUACACCUUUAGCUUAACUUGCUUAUAAGUUACGACGAGGUUAUGUUUUAGGUCACAUUUUUUAUAAAAUUUUAUUCAAACCCUCUGUCAUCUUAACCGAUUUUAUUAUGGAUCUUAAUUUUAGUACCAGUGCAUUUAUUUAUGAUUUAGUAUAAAUAUGACAUAGGUAUUUAAAUUAAAUAAUGUGUGAAGGAUAAGCAGAAAUAUUUAAGUUUAAAUAUAUACAUAUUCUUCCCAUUAAUAUCUACUUACUUAUUUAAUGAUAAACUAAACAUUACGUUAAAUAAACUAAUGUAAUUUUUGUAUGAUAAAUUAUCAACUUUAAGAAAUUAAGUUUUGACUUAGUUUAAGAUAAGUUCAUUAGAGUUAAAUUAAUUAAAAUUGUUCCUAUUUUGUUUUUAAGUUAUCAAGUGAUGGAUGGAUAAACUAUAUAAACACAGAAACAUUAGGUAUAUAUACAUAGAAUCUAGAUAAUACU